AUGGAUGGCAAUGGUAAAUGCCCUUCAGAAACAGACACAUCAAAGAUCUCAGAAAAUGAGCCACACAAUUUUGCGCCGUCCCCAGAUUUUAGAUGGCUUUGUGAAGAACUUUUCCAUAGGUUAGAUGCGAUCAAUGAACACCGGCAGGAACUUGGCAAGGCCGUCACUGUGAAAAGAGUUGAGAUCAUCACAUGUUUUAUUAAGCUAUGGAGGACUACAGUAGGAGACGAUUUCUUUCCUGCGCUUCGGCUUAUGUUUCCUUACAGAGACCCAAGAGCAUACCACAUCAAAGACUUUACAUUAAUAAAAGCUGUAUGCAAGGCACUCAACCUGUCUAGGGAUUCACUCACAGAAAGGCGCUUGUUGAACUGGAAGCAAUAUGCUGGUCGGGGAACUAGCUUAUCGAAAUUUUGUGUACAGGAGAUCUCAAAAAGGAGAAAAGAACCACUGCCAGAACGGCAACUGACGAUUGAUGGGCUAAAUGAGAAACUUGACGAACUCGCGAAAGAAGCUUCCGGGAAAAAGGCGUGGGGCACUACCGGUCUAUCGGAGUCUCAUUCUUUCCAAUUUUGCUUAAAAAACUUGUCCUUCUUGGAGUUGCGAUACUUUUUCGAUAUUGUUCUCAAGAAUAGAGUAAUAGGGGGGCUAGAACACAAAUUUUUAGCUUGCUGGCAUCCUGAUGCGCAAAUCUACCUUGGUGUUGUUACUGAUCUCAAAAUUCUCUCCAAAAAGCUCUGGAAUCCGUCUGUUAGGUUGGAUAAAAGGGAUCUAUCAAUCAACAUUGGUCAUGCGUUCGCUCCACAUCUCGCCAAGAGGCUUCACGUUUCAUAUGAGCGUAUCUGUUCAAAGCUCAAGCAUGACUUUAUAUUAGAGGAAAAGAUGGACGGCGAAAGAAUCCAGUUGCACUAUGUCAAUGGCGGCUCGGUGCUGAAGUUCUUGAGUAGGCGAGGCAUAGACUUCUCGCAUUUGUACGGCCAAGAAGUUGCACGAGGAGUCAUUUCACAAUAUUUGAAAUUAAAGAGCGAUGUCCGCGAUUGCGUCUUGGACGGAGAGAUGGUUAGCUAUGAUAAAAAAAGGAAGAUUAUCCUCCCUUUCGGUAUUGUCAAAUCAGCCGCCGUUGAUGAAUUGAUAAAUUCUGAAGUUGGGAAUGAAAAUGACGGCUACAGGCCACUUUAUAUGGUCUUUGACCUCGUCUAUCUUAACGGGGUAUCGCUAACGAAAGUACCACUGCAUAUAAGGAAAGAAUAUCUCAAGGAAAUCCUGAGUCCUGUUCCAGAUGUUGUUGAAAUUCUGAAGGGCAUAAGGGCAUGUGACGCUAAAGCCAUUAAGAACUUCAUGCAAAGGGCAAUCGAAAUGGGCUCGGAGGGCGUUAUUGUCAAGCAGGCAUCUUCAACUUAUGAAGUUGGGGCUCGUAACGAUCAUUGGGUCAAAAUCAAGCCAGAAUAUUUUGAAGACUUGGGCGAGACAAUGGACUUAGUAGUGAUCGGACGGGACCCAGGUAAGAAAGAUUCUCUCAUGUGCGGUCUACUAGUUUCAGACAGUGAGCACAUACUUGAGAACUUUGGUCCAAUAGAGCAUGGCAAGGAAGGGGAUCCCAUCAUUAAGUGUGUUUCAUUCUGCAACGUUGCGAAUGGAGUAUCAGAUGAAGAGUUCAAGGAAAUCAAUAGAAAAACUCGAGGCUCAUGGGUUAGCUACAAGGAAAAACCUCCACCUUUAAGCUUACUUGAAUUUGGGUCAAAAAUACCAGUUGAAUGGAUUGAUCCUAAAAACUCAGUUGUCAUAGAAGUCAAAGCAAGAUCAGUUGAAAAUAGUGAAUAUUCUAGCAAAAGGUAUCGAGCGGGGAGUACUUUACAUAGCGCGUAUUGUCGAAGAAUAAGGAAUGAUAAGGACUGGACAACAUGCACAAGUGUCGCACAGUACCAGCAAGCCAAAGCGGCUCAUAACUACCACCGAUACAAAAGAAAGGUUCACCAAGUUUCUCCGCGUCGGAAGAGGAACGUACAUGAGAUCUUCGAGUACUGUGCUGGCGAAGCUAAGUCCGAAUUGGAUACGGAAGGCUCAAGCAUUUUUGAAGGACUUCAUUUUUACAUAUUGAGCGAUUACGUCACUUCGCAGAGAAGGAGGUAUGAGAGAGGAAUGGUUGCUGCCAAAGUCGUUAAACAUGGGGGACUUAUUGUUAAGAACAUUGACAUGCGACCAGAGCACUUAAGUUAUUUGCGCAUUGUUAGCGGGAAAACCACAAUCGAGUGCCGCAAUCUUGUUAACAGGGGAUAUGACAUCAUUGACCCUUGCUGGAUAUUUGACUGCAUUUCUGCCGGGUUCCAACUUGGAAUUGAACCAAAGCAUUGCUUCCAGACGUCACGCAGACUGCUUGACAAUAGCCGCCAGAGAGUUGAUCAAUACGGCGACAGUUUUUCUCGUCCUUUAGAUACCACGGAGUUCCAGCAGCUCUUCAAAUUUUUUUGCUCCUCACCUUCUGAUUUUUCUUCCCGCAUUAGUUCAAUGCUUCAAGACGAUCUUGAUGAGGCGCCACUCUUCCUUCUACAGAGAUUCAAAAUUUACGUCUUGGCAGCAGACCUGAUUCCCCAACAAUUCUCAAUCCUGAGAAGAAAGAUAGAACUCUACGGCGGGGUGGUCUCUGAGACCCUUGAAGGUGCGAAUUUAGUGCUAGUCCCCUCAGCUUUGUCAACAGCGCGCACUGCCUACUAUGUUCAAGAAUUGAGACAGAAAAUCGCAGGAAACGCCUUUGCAGGGAAUACCAAUACCAGAAUCCCACACAUAGUAAGAUCUGAGUGGCUCGACACGUGCACCACUGAACAAUGUCUAGUUCCUGAGGAAGAUUUUUCGUCAAUAUAA